AGUACCCGUAGAGAAACAAGGGGAGCGAGUCUGCGAGAUACAGUCAAACUAUAGGGCUGGAGUCGCACACAGUAAAGGAGAUACACCAACAGAACGAAUACAGAACCAAGAAGCAGAACUUAGAACGUUGCAUGAAAAGUAUAAGAAAAUGUGUGUGAUGACCUACAGAUGGCUACUGCCAAGGCACGCACUACGCGAAAGCUGAAACCAUGGCUUGUGGAACAGGUGGAGAGUGGGAAGUUUCAUGGACUGGUAUGGGAUGAUGACAAAAAAACUUGUUUCCGUAUCCCUUGGAAACAUGCUGGGAAGCAAGACUUCCGUCAUGAUGAAGACGCUGCUAUAUUUAAGGCAUGGGCUGUUUAUAAGAACAAAUUGCACCCUGGGGACAAGUUGGAUGCAGCUGCUUGGAAGACUCGACUUCGUUGUGCUUUAAACAAGAGCCCAGAAUUUCAGGAAGUCCCAGAAAGGUCUCAGCUGGACAUAUCUGAACCUUACAAGGUGUACAGGAUUGUACCUCCUGGUGAACAGGUGGUCCCAAGUUCUGGGAAAACAUCACGUAAGAGAAAGAGUGCUCAGGAGAAAGACAGCUCCUCUGAUGAAAUGGAGUCAAAUGAACUGGAGAAGAAACACCAUAUUGUCGUCCUGGCAAUGCCCCUUGUUAAGGAAGAAACUGUCACUAGUACUAACUUCCAAGAGGAUUCUGGGAUGGGAAGUGACUCAAGCAGCCCAGAGACACUAAAUACUCUUCACAACCCAGACCCUCUCAUCAUUAUCCCAGCGCAGCCUGUACCGAUCUCACACACAGACAUGCUGAUUAAGGUGUUCUAUAGUGGUGUGGAGGUAUUGCAGCGUCUGGUUGGUAGCGGAGGGUGUAAGUUAUCAGCCGGAAACCCUCCUGUACAGAUUGGGUGUGGCAUGGAACAUGUUCAACUACCAGUACCAGCUGAGCCUCUUGACGUGGUGACACAGGACAAGACAAAUAAACUACUAGAGGUCCUUCAAGCUGGAGUCAUGUUGGAGAGUAACAUUGAUGGUAUAUUUGCUCAGCGCCAGAAAGGUUGCUCAGGACGAGUGUACUGGUUGGGUCCUUGUGCCAGUCAAGAAGGGGAACCCAACAAGCUGGAAAGAGAUACACUUGUGAAAUUAUUUGACACCCAAAAAUUUCAGAUAGAGCUGGAAAAUUAUCGGAUACAUGGUGGUAAGCCACCUGAUUGUAAAGUUACGCUGUGUUUUGGUGAAGAAAUCUCAGAUUUUGACUGUUCAGAUAACAAAGUGAUCACAUGUCAGAUAGAGCAGAUCAUGGCAGCUGAAAUGGUGCGUGACACCAAUUUGUAUCUCCUUAGUCCUCACGUGUCGGAUCCACUCCUACAGGGACCCCCAGCUCCGUAUAUGAAUCCUUUGCCUGCCUUGGACAUACAUUAAAAUAAAUGUAAAUAAAUUAGUGUGAAAGACUAAUUUGAUGCCAAAAUGUAACAUAAUAAUCUUUUUUCCUUGUAAGUGUGCAAAAUCUAUUAUGGGCAGAAGGAAGAAAAGCUAAGUCAUGCCACAAGCAUGUGUUACACAUUAAUGCAUUCAGCAGGCCUGAUGACACAAGUUAAAUUGUCCUCUUUUUUCAUGAAGUGUGUGCCCGCAACUAUAAAGAAAAAAGGUUCUAGUAGGGCUCCUAGAUGUUUGAACCACAGUUUGUUUAGAGUAUUUUAUAAGGCUAAAGUAUCCACUACAAAUAUAGAAAGUAAAUCCUAAUUUUAGGGCCUGGAAACAGGUUUGUAACCAUAGCACAUGUUGCUGCUUUGUACAUACUGCUGUUUAUUUUUAGGAGACUUCUGAAUGAUUUGCAAAUCUAGCAGUGUCAGUCACUGCUCAUUUUCUGAUGUCUGCAUUUGCAUUCCUCUAUUAAUUAUUUGCUUAUUUUUUACAUAAUCUCACUAGCACUCUCUUUUGUUUUUUUGCAAAAUUAAGUCUUUAGAGAUAUUGGUAUUUUAGGCACUAAAGAGUUUAUUAAAAAAUAAUGAAAAACAGUAUAAGUUGGGACUCGCAGGGCCCAGUUACAAUGUUAGCAUUAGAACAAAUUUGCAUUGUGUACAUUAUCAAAUACGUAUAGGUGGCUGUGAAGCUUGACUGAUGUAGUCAUGAACUAUCAAUGCACACCCCAUGACUGCCCACAUUCUCUGUGGAGGUGCUCUGGGUGUAAAUUUCUGUGUUAGCAUAACAUGAGAUAUCCAACCCUGCCAUUGCUUUAGAUCGUUUACCUUUAUAGUUUUCCUCCCCCAAUAAUUUACUUUUUACUCUGGUACAAAAGCAAGCAGAUGGGAGUAGCUUGAACUACAGAGGAAGCACAUCCAAUUCUGUGCAGCGUGGACUAAUGAGGUAGCAUUAGCCUAAGAAGCA